AUGAGCCUUUCGCCUACACGCACAAAAAGCAUAUUGACUUACCUCGCCGGUGGACAGAACAAGCCUACUCGGACCACAUCGUCUUCGAAACAGCAGCCUGACAGCCAUAAAUCUCACAGCAAAAGUCGAGCCCCGGUCGGUGAGAAGCGUGAAGCGACCUCUACAUCUGGAAAGACCAGACCAAAUGAGUCCAAGACUCAUCAUAGACAUAAGAGUAGCCGAUCGAUAGAUCGUCGACCAAGUCACAGGAGCAACCAGAGUUCAUACCAGUCUGAACCAAAGCACGAACGCCAAGGUUCGUACUUUGAGGCAGACUCCGAUGACAACCAGAGUAAGGAAUGGUCUUUUUUCUCACGGGCCGCGUCAUAUGUAGAUGACCGUCGCUACUCACACACAAAUGACGCUGAGAUAAGCCGCAUCAACAUGCCAACAUCACCUGAAGUUCCUAGGCAUCGGGAGCCCACCCUUGCAGAUGCAAACAAGCACCACAUUGGGCCUGGACGCUGUCUGAAACAUUGGGACCCGGAUGAGGAGCCCAUAAUGCUACUUACUUCUGUGUUCGAUGCAAAUUCCCUUGGGAAGUGGGUUCUCGAUCAAACCGCCCGCAUUUAUGGAGAGCACAAUGAAAUGACAGAUCUAGCAGCUGAGUUCUGGUUCGAACAUAUCCAGCUGGGGGGCAAGAUUAAGCAGGCAAAGGGUCGCACUCCCCAGAUCACGGAAUCUAGCGUCCGUCACCGGAUUAAAGAGUUCACCUUUUAUGGUGACAGACUUGUGAAUGAACUGCAGGAAAGGCUAAAGGAUUGCGAGCAGCGUGUAUUGGAAAUCACCGGGAUAAGUGAGAUACCUAAGCUCGGUCACAAAAGCGUUGUUGUUUUCAUUGACUCCUUCAUCGGUCGCAACCCAGCGCAGCGAGAUAUGUUCCACGACCUCACACGGAGUAUAAGGGAGUGGAAUAUUUGGUUUGACACCAGCUGCGCAGGCCUGUUGAAAUAG